AUGGUAGAAUUUAUGGAAAAAUACGGAGAUAUAUCUAGACCUUCUGGUGGGCAUAGAGGUCGACAUUAUAUUCAGAUGAAGUGGAAAGAGUUAACAGAAAUAUUAAAUUGUUGUGAUGCAGAGGAUUCAAAAUCAGAGGAGAAGUGGCGUAAGGUGUGGAGUGACUUUAAAAACAACACCAAGAGAAAGUUUGCAAAGAUUAAUCGAACUGCUGAUACUGGAAAGCUAUCGCUUCAAUCAUCACUGACUGACCUGGAAAACAGAGUCAUGCAGAUAAUGAAUGUUCCUACAGAUAUGGAGGCCACGGAAGCUGAUUUUCCACAGUUUUCAUUACAGAAAGAAGAUAGAACUUCUCCUGGACACCUUCCUCAAGAAAAAGAAGUAGAAAAAGUGGAAGAAAAAUCUCGAAACCAGCAAACCAGCCCUAAAACAUGUGUCAGAGAUAGGAAUAUUCCUGAAAGAAGUAGCCCAACUUCGAGUGGAUCUAGUAAUGAAGGGGAUGACGGACAUAUGCUACGAAAAAGGAAACGAAAAAAUGUUGACACAAUAAAUCUCUUGAAGGAAUGUGAAAGAAACGCAAGGGAAUAUGCUAGGGAGCGUGACAGAGCUCAAGAGCGGUUGGAAAUAGAGAGGCUGCGGAAUACUCGUGAGGAAUUAAGGUUGAGAGAAUUAGAAUUAAAUGAAAGGAUACGACAGAGGGAUGCAGAGCUAAACUUGCAAUCUCAGUGGCUGGAGUUUAUGAAAGAGGCUAUGAAAGUGUUUGUGCGGUAUGUUGACAAGACGGACAUCAAUCAUUCAAAAUAA